AUCAGUUCUCAUUUGCGUCAUUCGAGUUAAUAAAGCAAUUAUGACACCGCGCUGUUGUAUUUCAAAGAUGAAAAGUCAAGUAAAGCUGGAAGACAGUAACUGAAGUGCUGUAUAAUAAGAAAUUGUAUCCGGUGAAGUGACAGGAAAGAUUUUUGAAAGUGUUGUUAGACCAACUAGCAGAAUUAAAAUUGUUCAGACAAGCACUUGGUUGGAGUGACUUAAGAAGGACAAGGUCAGGAAUGAGCUCAUUCGAGGAAGUAAAAGAAAAACGAGGCUGUGGUGGUUUGUUCAUGUCAUGAUUAGAGAAAAGGAUGAUGUGGGGUGAGAGGAGACAGGCUAUUUUUGACAGAUGGAAAUUAGUGUAAGUGUUGUCAUCUUUAUUUGCAUAAUCAGUAUGGCGGAUUCACGUGUAGUAGUUUCCAACCGCAAAUUUCGUCCUUAUGUGCAUUUGAAAGGACGCCACUAACGUAAUUUUAAUGUUUAGAAAAUGGAGGCUGAAAUUUUCACUGAACAUAUUGAAGUGAAUUCUGUCGCAGCCGAAUCCGAGACGGAAGAAAUUGAUGUUAUCAGCGAUCCCACACCUUUGGACGUAGUCGCAAAUUUUUCUUUGAAUGAAGAAAUUACGAACAAUAAAACAAGAACUAAUGAAACAGAUAUUGGAGUUAAUGUAGAAAUCAGGCAAGCAGCUUCGAAUGUCAUAAACGACGGAGGUUCAGUUGACAAUAAAAAUACUAUGGUUGGUGUCCCAGAUGUGAAUGUUUUAGACAAGGUGCAGUUCACCAGCGUAGAUGACGGAGAACCCGAUGAGACUGAUGUCUAUAAGAGGUUCUACUUUGAAUCAGAUCAUCUUGCAUUGAAGGAAAAUGCAGAUUAUAGACUUCUUUUGCAAACUUUGGUUGCCCUCGAAGCCCAAAGAAAACAAGCAAUCAAGGAUUAUGAAAAGUUGAUCAGGUUGCAAAAAGAUGCAUUAGCCGAACCAAUAAAGUUUGUGGAGAAACUUCAAAAUAAUGAAUGGCUGGACAUACCAUCUCGUCAGAGCAUUAUUAAACUUCCUCACAUCAACUGGGAAGCAUAUUCUGGUGUUGAGGAUUUUUCUCAUUUUGGUUUGCUCCAUCAACACAACACUAGACAUGCGUCAGGCAGCAAUGUUAACCUUAUAGAAAAAGCAAAUCAAAGAUGGGAGGAACAGUCAACAACAUCAAAUGGGUCGCUUGGUGAGCCAUGCUCUUAUGAAAGUAUGUCAAGAUUUUCAAGUUGUUCAGACAAUUCCCGUUAUGUUCGAGGAAAACUGGCAACGAGCGAUAAACCGCUGACAUUCAAUCAACCGUGGACUGUGGAAGAACAGAGAAAAUUAGAGCGACUUCUUCAGCUUUAUCCUCAAGAACCAAUUGAAUCCAAACGGUGGUUGAAAAUUGCCAAGGCACUUGGAAACAGGACACCCAAGCAGGUGGCGAGUCGCGUCCAGAAGUAUUUUAUAAAAUUGGCAAAGUCUGGUUUACCUAUACCAGGACGUGAACCCAAUUUAAAUCGUCUCAAGCAGGCUUGUCGAUACCGGAAUACUCAACAGCAAGCCGUGAGUCUGCGCAAUUCAACCUUUUUCCCUUCAUACAAACCACGCGUGUAUAUGGAUGACAAUGAGAAAUCUGAUGCCGUCAGUAUGGCCUCCUCUGACGAUCUUGAUGAUAUUUCGGAUGACGAAUCCAUUCCGAAAGAAUUGAGAAAUACCAAAGAAUAUUUUGAGAUCAUGCAACUAAAGAAACUAAAGAAAAAACGGGCGGAGAAAAAAAUGCAAAAUAAAGAUGCAAUCGAACACAUUGGAUAUACGUGUAUUUUGUGUGGAAUAUCUCCCAUAACGGGCGUUCGCUGGCAUUGCAUCGAAUGUCCUGACGAAAAUAUGGUCAAUUUUUGCAACAGUUGUGUUAAUAGGCAAAACGACUGUCGUUUUGACGUGCAUUCUAUAUGGCAUAAAAUGGAGUCGAUUGAAUGUGCGGAAUAUAUUGACGGAGAUUACGUGAAACUGGGCGAAACAUCCCACGGUUAUAACUACCUAGACCCGAACUUUCUCCCUUGCGGAUCAUGAAUUAUCACACGUCAUCAACAACGUUGAUUUACUGAAAAGGUCGAAAUCACGAUCCCGUAAAACGUUCAUUAACUCUCUCAUACUGCUUCCUGUACAUUAAAACAACAUUGUGAUUUUGGUAUCUCAUCUCGUGAGCACGUAUGCACCACGUGUUCAAUUUAAUUUGGCAUUUGUCGAACCAACCUAUUCCCACAGCUGAUUCAUCCAAUGUUUUGAUGAAGAAAUCUCGAAUUUCAGACAUCAGAUGCAUGAAACAGUAGAAGGAGUCUGGCUCUGCAAAUUCUGUAACCAAAGGAAGAAGCCAUCGUCAUGAAUUGGAGCCGUAUUUUAUACGGGGUAUGUUUAACGACCUAGAACCCAGUCUACUUGAUGCCUGACUCGGCUGAAAUACUAUGCGGCAAGACGCCAUCUUGAAAGGUGGCAAAAUGACAAUAUUUACGAGUAACAUCUGCUUUUCCUGAUUUUUCAAAAGAUUGAUUUUCUCAACUUUCUUUUUUAUUAUUUUGAGUGUUGCUUUUUACUACCUUUCAAGAUGGCGUUCUUACCUCACAUCGACACGUUGGUUGGACAACUGAGAGAUUGGAUAUGUAAUGUUGUAGUAGCUCUUCUUGCAACAUGCAUUGCAGUAUUAAAAUAUUUUUGUGGCAGUAGUUUAUGAGACGAGAGUGCGACCGGAUUUGUGUCCUAUAAUUUUAUGAACUUCAAUUGCCGCGUGUUUUAUGACAGGCAGAUUCCGUUAUAUCGCUAUAAAAUAACUAUGGAUUUCUCAGGCGGAAAACAUUUUAGUAUAAAUGUUAUUAGCCAAACUACCUACAACCUUUAAUAAAGCCAAAGAUAAAAUAUUUAUUGAUUGUGUUAGUGAAUUACAUAUAAAGUUUGUAUACAUCGCAUACCUACUAAUUAUAUACGAAAUAUCUUUCAUGUGGCUUUAUUAAAAGUUUUAUGUUGGGCAAUUAUAUUGAAAAAUGCU